GAAGCCAGUUUCCUGUUUGCGCGAAGCGGGCUACGAUCGUCGACCAAGUGGUGACGCGUCCAUGUGACUGUCAACGUGUUUAUGACGUCAAUUCGAGAUUUCGUUACUUUUUUGCAUCUCAAAAUCCAAACGCUGUCAGCCUCUAGAAAUUGCGUAGAGGAUCCGAAUGUGUGGUUCUAGCAUCGAAAGCCCUGAAAUUUUUCAUUUGCCCCAGAAAUUAACGCUGACACAACAAUUAAUGUGAAUUUAUCAUUGAUAGUGAGUGUUUUUUCGUCAAUAUUCAGCUUUAAAUUUUCAUAAAAAGUGCGCAAUACGCCGUGAAUGUGUUUGACCGGAUAACAUAAGGCUCCUGUGUUCUUUAAAUAUCCUGUAUGCUUUAAAAAAACAAGUUCGAGUUUUCCCCGCCUUUUUAGAGGUAUUUUUUUUAUAUAGUAUAGAAAAAAAAGUGUUUCAAAACCAGUAGCUGAUCACGCCCCAUCGUGACUACCUCAGUAACUGUUUAUUCCUUUCAACAGAGUGGGAUUCGCGCAGUUUUUUAUGGAAGUGUUGUCUUUCCGAUCGUGGCUCCUCAACUGCGUCUCAGACCGAAUUCGGAACGAUCUUCAUAAAACAGCGCUCGAGCGAGUCAUGUAAACAAUAAAGAAAACGCAUUAAGUUCGGCAAAGUCUAUCGUCACCCAUGCUUUGAGUCAUCGUCUCGAAAAAGGGUGCCCAAUCGAUUCGAUUGUUGACAUCCUCGAGAUUCGCUCGCUGAAAGCAAAAACUUUCGCGCUUUAGUCGGAGUCUUCGUUAUCCCACUUAUACCUCGAUAACUCAGCCGUCAACGAUCCGGUACUUCUCCCGAGUUUACAGUGCAAGUUGCACGCUGAUUUCUGUCGUUUCGACGCGAAAACUUCGACACCUCGAAAUUGAUAACAGUUCGCGCAAGAGAGGUCAGCGCUGAGUCACGGUUGAGUGAAUACGUUUUUCGCGCGUCUGGAGUUUUUUUUUUUUACCGGUGGCGAUUUUACAAGUGCGCCGUAAAGUACAAACUUUCAUGUUCUGAAAUUCGACGUGCGGAUACGAGUGCGACAUUUCGAGCGGCGUGAGUUGUGGCGUUUCGAAAUUCGAUCGCGUGCGAGCGUUCCCGAGUCACCGGUCGGGAGGAGACCGAUUCCAGGUCGAUCGGAAGGUUCUGGCGCCGGAAAUAUGUCUUGAGGAGUAUUACUUCACGGAGCCGGUUGCAAUUUUGAAAGCAGAAGCGUAACGGAGAAAGAUGACUCGAGAUGCGGAUUUCAAAAGGAGAAGCAAAGAGAAAAACGGAAGUAUAACGAGAGGCUCGAACCACAAACUGAAUGGAACCAGCAAAAGUCAGUCGCUUAAGAUCACAACCGUCGGCGAUGGAAUGGUCGGCAAAACAUGUAUGCUCUUCACAUACUCCAAGCAUCAGUUUCCUCACGAUUACAUUCCUACCGUAUUUGAUAACUUUUCCGACAAGCUCGAAGUAGAUGGCCAGGAGUAUGACAUAGUAUUAUGGGACACAGCGGGGCAGGAGGACUAUGAGCGGUUGAGGCCGCUAUCUUAUCCUGGAACGAACUGUUUUAUCAUGUGUUUCUCAAUUGGAGCCAGGAGUUCUUUUGAAAACGUCCUGAGUAAAUGGUAUCCAGAAAUCAAAAAUAAGUGUCCAAAUGUACCCAUUAUAUUAGUUGGGACAAAGACUGAUCUCCGAGAGUCGGGCACCGAUACGAUCAGCGUGAAAGAGGCCAAAAAAAUGAGGCGAAAACUCGGAGUCCACUCGUACUUGGAGUGCUCGGCGUUGAAGAACGAGGGUCUCGAAGAGAUCUUCGUCGAGGCUGUCAGAGCGGCGGUCAAUCCACCAAAAAAAGAGCGCUGCUGCCAAUGUCGGAUUUUGUAGGCUCCUUAACCGGCCCUUCAAAGGUGGAACCAGACUGAAACUCAACGACUGACAGGGCGCGAGUUGAACUAACCCUUCAAGGCCUUUCUUCCUCGGAACGUCUCCGCAGCUCAACAUUUUGAGUGUGCGAUGAGAUAAAAUAACACAUUCUCCUCCAAAGAAGUUGAAGGAUCUCACUUCCCAAUUUUGCACCGUCGCACAGUGGAUCGAGUCAGUUGGGGAGGUCGGACAAAAUUUGGAAACUUUAAACGCUUUAACUACGUUCAUACACUGGAAAAAAAACACGUAGGAUCUAAAGUCCA